AUUCCACUUUUUGUUCUAUGCAUCAUAAGUUGCCGUUGUUUGAAUCAGAAGAGUAAAUGUGAUCUUAUAUUUUCUGCUUCCAUUCACAGCUCAAUAAUUCGGAACAAAAUAAUUUCUCAAGCAGUGUUGUGGUUUACUGGUGAGGCUAAACAUGAUGAAGACGGCAAUGAUUAUGAUGAUGAAGAUGACGACGAUGAUUAUGCUUAUGAUAAUGAUUAUGAGGACGACAACAAUGAUGACGACAAUGGUUAUGAUUAUGAUUAUGAUGAUGUCUACGACAACGACGAUGAAUAUGCCGAGUAUUAUGAUGGGGAAGAAGAGGAAGAAGAAGAGAAGCCGGAAAAGAAGAUUCAGGUGCAGCAUCGGAGUCCAGUGACGAGAGGAAUUGGUGUGGCAGCAGCCGCAGCUACUGGUGGCACUGCCACCACAGCUGUUCCAGGUGGUGUUGCAAACCAGUUCAAGCCUACGUCUCUGUACAUAGGAGACUUGGACAUCAACGUGACAGAUACACAACUGUACCAGCUGUUUAACCAAGCGGGUCAGGUUAUAUCGGUUAGGAUUUGUAGGGACUUUAGCACUCGGAGAUCCCUUGGCUAUGGCUUCGUCAACUACAGCAACCCUCAGGAUGCUGCAAGGGCAAUGGAGAUGUUAGAUUUCACUCCUGUUAAUGGAAAGUCCAUUAGGGUGAAGCGCUCUCAUAGGGAUCCUAAUUCUCCUAAGAAUAGAACAGCUAAUCUAUUUAUCAGGAAUUUGGACAAGUCAAUCGACAUCGAAGCUUUACAUGACACCUUUUCAAGCUUUGGUCACAUUCCUUCUUGCAAGAUAGUUACUGAUUCUAAUGGCCGGUCGAAGGGUUAUGGUUUUGUACAAUUUGACAAUGAUGAAUCCGCUCAAAGUGCCAUAGAUAAGUUAAAUGGUAUGCUCAUCAAUGGUAAGCAAGUGUAUGUUGCACAUGCUCUUUGCAAAGAGAAGAGUGGCAGAGGCACAAGCUGGGGAAGGUCAAUGGAGUGGUGAACGUCCUCCAGUGCGCAGGCAAUAGUAAUUUGUGGUGGUUGCCCACUAGGCUAAAAGCUAUGGGGAAGGACCAAUCUUGAAACCCUUGGUUGAUAAAUUUGCCUUCGCCUCAUUUUGGUAUGUUCAUCUUUCCUUUUUGUCUAUUCGUUUUUCCCAUCUUUCUCUUUAGUCUUUACUUGUUGGCAGUGAUUUUGUGAUCUCUCAGGGUUAUUUUUUGUUGCCUGUUGUCAGCCUUUUGUUAUCAUGAUAUAUUUGGCUUUCUUCCCCACCUUUUUCUAUCACCCUCCUCUUUACCGCCCUAGGUAGUUUGUUACAGCUAUGAUUGUCUAUUGUGAAGGUUAAUAGAUGAUCCAAUUUUGUAUCUACUAUAUA